GGUCAGACGUCGUUGGCGCCGGCUUGGCCGCCCGCCAUCUUGGUCCCUGUGUGGAAGCGGCUGAGGCGCGGCGUUCGCGGCGCCGGGAGCGGUAGCGGCCUCGCCGAGUCCGGGAGUCUCCGGGGAGGCCGGAGCGCCGGCCCGCCGCGCUGCGCUCCAGGCAAAAUUUGAGGGGUGAGCAGUAGGUACCAGACUCGAUGAGUUUCCAUCGAAAUGUCGGAAAAGUCAGGCCAGAGUACAAAAGCAAAGGAUGGAAAAACGAAGUAUGCAACGCUCAGUCUGUUUAACACUUACAAGGGAAAGUCACUGGAAACUCAGAAAACCACAGUUGCUGCACGCCAUGGAUUACAGAGUCUUGGGAAAGUUGCUAUUUCAAGGAGGAUGCCUCCACCAGCUAACCUCCCCAGUCUUAAAGCAGAGAACAAAGGCAAUGACCCUAAUGUGAACAUUGUGCCUAAAGAUGGCACAGGAUGGGCUUCAAAACAAGAACAGCACGAAGAAGAAAAACAGCCAGACGUGCCGCAGACACAGCCAAAACCUGCUGUUCCUGCUCCUCCAGAAGCAGCUCCUGUUGCCAAAUCAUGGGCCAACACCAAACCAGGUGGACAAGAUGGUCCGCCUAUUCAAGUAAAUAGUUAUUUCCAGCAAGAGUUUCCCAGUCUUCCGGCAGCUGGGGAUCAGGAAAAGUCAGGCAAAGAGAAGGAUGCACCUGAAGAACUUCAUGGAUCAGGACCAAGCUUGCGGCCACAAAAUGCUACUAAUUGGAGAGAAGGUGGUAAUAAGAGCAACUCACCCAGUUCUCCAACUGAUCAAGAAGCUAAGGCCCUUGGACAAGAAGAUGGUAAUGCUACACCAACAGAACAAAAUGAUGGCCAGAAGGCAGCAGAGAAGAGAGAUGUGCGGUUACCACAGGUCCCUCAGCCCAAGCUGAAUGGCCAGCAGCAACCACCUGUCUCUUCUCAGUACAGAGCAAUGAUGCCACCUUAUAUGUUUAAUCAGUAUCCUAGAAUGGCAUAUCCUCCCUCCAUGCAAGGUCCAACAAGGUUUCCCAAUUCUGAGCUUAGCAGAGGGCCAAGGGGAAGAGGACCACCUUCAUGGUGUUCGGAACCUAUUGAGCGCCCAUCCAUUCUUAGUGCUAGUGAACUUAAAGAACUUGAUAAAUUUGAUAAUCUAGAUGCUGAGGCUGAUGAAGGCUGGGCAGGUGCUCAGAGUGAAGUGGAUUACACUGAACAGUUGAACUUCAGUGAUGAUGAUGAGCAAGGAAGUAGUCAAAAAGAGAAGGAAAGUGGUGAUGAACAAACACCAUCAAAAGAUUCCCAGAGUCCUGAUGGCCAGAAGGAAGCAGAUGAACAGACAAGUGCUAAGUCUGCCACCCAGGUUUCCACAGCAGCAGCCAAAGGGUCAUACGGCAAAAGUUCUCAGCUUGAUCAGGAUCGGGGUCCAGCACAGCCUUCUCUACAUGAAAGAGGUGGUCCUGCUCUUCAUCCAAAAUCUAUUCUACCACCGCACCCUCCUCCCCCUGAUCGCCAGGUAGGACCUGGAAGGCAGGGACCCUUUCCCCCUAAACCAGUGCCAGAUGAAGAUGAAAUUUGGAAACAGAGGAGAAGACAGCAGUCAGAGAUAUCCGCUGCAGUUGAACGAGCCCGUAAGCGGCGAGAAGAGGAAGAAAGAAGAAUGGAAGAACAGCGCAAAGCAGCUUGUGCUGAAAAGCUAAAACGGUUAAAUGAGAAAUUUGGCUGUGUGACAAAACCCUCCAGGGAAGACCCUCUGAAGGAGCGGGAGAGGGAAAGGGAACGGGAAAGGGAAAGAGAGAGGGAAAGGGAGCGGGAAAAGGAGAGGGAACGGGAGAGGGAACGAGAGAGAGAAAAAGAGAGGGAGAAGGAAAAAGAGAAGGAAAGGGAGAAGGAAAAGGAAAAAGAAGAAAAAGAAAAACUGGAGAAGGCAAAAGAGCAAGAAGGAGAAAAAGAGAAAGAAAAGGAGAUGGAGAAAGAAGAGAAGGAAAAAGAAGAGGAGAAACCAGCACAUGAGGUUCCUGAGGCUGUAGAACCUGUGGCUACACAUGUAGUAGAAAAACAAGAAAGUGAAAACAGGAAUAACAAGGAAGAAAAAGACGAUCAGGCAGUCUUUACCCGACAAGAUAGUGGUCGGAAUGAGAAAGAGAUUUCACAGGUGACUCAUGAGAGUGAGCCAGAUUCAGGAUCUCAGCCUCGUCCUGCUGUUUCCUCAGGCUAUUCUAAACAGUUCCAGAAAUCAUUACCACCAAGAUUUCAGAGGCAGCAGGAGCAAAUGAAACAGCAGCAGUGGCAGCAGCAACAGCAAGGUGUCCUUCCCCAGUCUGCUCCCUCACAGCCUUCUAGUGGCCCUGUCCCGCCACCCCAGCAUAGACCCCUUUACCAGCCCAUGCAGCCACAUCCUCAGCAUUUAGCUUCAAUGGGCUUUGAUCCAAGGUGGCUUAUGAUGCAGUCUUACAUGGACCCACGAAUGAUGUCAGGAAGACCUGCAAUGGAUAUGCCUCCUAUUCAUCCAGGAAUUAUGCCUCCGAAACCACUGAUGAGAAGAGACCAGAUAGAGGGAUCAGCAACUAGUUCAGAUUCAUUUGAACAUAUAGCUCGCUCAGCAAGAGAGCACACUGUUCCUUUGUCAGAGCCCCGCAUGAUGUGGGGGUCAGACCCAUAUCCCCAUGCAGAACCUCAGCAGUCUAGCUCUCCUCCCAAAGUGUUAGAAGAGCCUGACAAUUUGAGGUCUGAGGCACACUUGGAGCAAGAACGAGUUGCUGUCCCUGCCACUGCUUAUCCUGUAGAACACAACCAGUUGGACUCGCAUCCAAAGACAGAUUUUUUCAGAGAAUCAGGAGAGAUGGAGGUACAAAAGUUCCCAAGCAGGCCUUUGGAAGAUGUACAACCUCUCCAAACUGACACACCUAACACAGCAGUUAAUUUUGAAGGAGUAAAGGAGAAAGUUACACGUAGCUCUCCAGAAGAACUGGUGCCUGUAGGGGAAAGUCACUCGUCACUAAAGAGAAGCAUUUCCCAUGGUUCAAGUCACUCUCUAAAGUCAGAAGACCAGAGGAAUGAAACAGCAACAAAUAUACCUAAAUUAAAUAACAGGCCUCUUGAGACAAAGGAGACAAUUGAGAGACUUGAGAUUAAGCCAAAAAAAGAAAUUCUGAUCAAUAGUAGAACGCUAGAAGGACUAAAACCUGAAAAAACUUUCAAACCUAAGUCUGAAACAAGAUGGGGUCCUAGGCCGGGUUAUGGCAGGAGAGAUGAAGGUGGUGAUAGACCAGUAAGAAGAUCAGGUCCUAUUAAAAAACCUGUGCUUAGGGAUAUGAAGGAAGAGCGUGAACAGAGAGAGGAGCGUGAGCAGAGGAAGGAGAAAGAGGGAGAAAAGACAGCUAAUGAGAAAUCUAGCAAGCCUGAAAAAGGUGACAGAAAGGAAGCAUCUCAAGUGCCACUGCUUCAGACUGAGCCAGAGAUAUCUGUCUCCAGUGGCACUCCUCUGGCUAAGAAGACAACCCAGGAUACUGCUGUGACCCUGACAAGCCAAGAGAGGGGUCAAGCUGAGACUGCAGCUAAAGCACUGGUUCAGACACCCACACCUCCAGUCCCGCAGCAGCUACCAGCCGCCCAGCCUGCUGCUCCACAGCUUCCCCCUGCAGUACAGCAGCAGCCACCAGCUCAGCCAGCAGCACAGCAGCAGCCACAUGUUCAGCAGCCAGCUGCUGCAGUGAAGGAAGAAAAGCAGACUGAGAAGGUGGUUAGCAAAGAGGGUUUAGAAAAACCACGCUUAGAAACCAGACCAGUAAAAAGAGAGCCUGGCUUGCCACCUAGGACAUACUGGAAAGAGGCUAGGGAUAGAGACUGGUUCCCAGAUCAGGGAUACAGAGGCAGAGGUCGUGGGGAAUAUUAUUCUAGAGGUCGUAGCUACAGGGGUUCUUAUGGAGGACGUGGUCGGGGCAGUAGAGGCCAUAAUAGAGAGUACCCACACUACAGAGAUCCUAAGCCUAGAUCAGACCAUGUGCCUUCAGGGCCUGUUAGGCAAAGAGAAGAGAGUGAAACUCGCAGUGAGAGUUCUGACUUUGAAGUAAUUCCGAAACGGCGGCGACAGCAUGGUUCAGAGACGGAUUCUGACAGCGAAGUUCAUGAAAGUGCAAGUGAUACACUGCUUUCAGACAAAGACAGUCUAAUCAAAGGCAAGCACCCAAAAAGAGAAGACAGAAAUGAUGGUAAGAAGCCUCCAAAGGUUCUGUCGUUCAAACCUGAAAACAGUAUCAGAGUAGACAACAGAUCUCUAGAAAAAACAUACAUUAGAGAUGAUGAUAACAAACCCAAACCAGGAUUUCUUCCUAAAGGAGAGCCUUCUAGACGAGGCAGAGGGGGAAUGUAUAGACGUGGUGGUAGGGAUCCUGGUGGGCGUCCUCCACGUCCAUCCACAAUAAGGAGACCAGCCUACAGAGACAGUCAGUGGAACCCUAGGCAGACAGAGAUCAUUAAACCAGAAGAUGGGGAGCCUCCAAGAAGAAAUGAACAUUAUGGUCCUAUACCAGUUGAUAAAAGACCUCCAAAAUUUGAGAGAAAGUUUGAUCCAAAUAGAGAAAGACCACGAAGACAAAGACCUGCUCGGCCUCCAAGGCAAGAUAAGCCGCCACGCUUUAGGCGCCUAAAAGAAAGAGAGGCUGCAUCAAAGGUAAAUGAGACAGUAACCAGCACAUCAGCAGGUGCAACAGUUAGUAAUACAGUUAAUGAACCCACUACCACUGCUCUGGAUGUGUCGGAAAGUAAGACACCAGACUUGUCCAACCAGAAUUCUUCAGACCAGGCAAAUGAAGAAUGGGAAACAGCCUCAGAAAGCAGUGACUUCAAUGAGAGGCGGGAGAGGGACGAGAAGAAAACAGCAGAUGCAGCAGCACAGGUGGCUGCAAAGGCAGGAGAAAAUGCUGGAGCUCCAAAAAGGGAAAUAGCCAAGAGAAGUUUCUCUAGUCAGCGGCCUGGAAUAGACCGUCAAAACCGACGUGGCAACAAUGGGCCAGCUAAACCAGGGAGGAACUUCUCAGGGCCUAGGAGUGAAAGGCGGAGUGGUCCUCCACCCAGAAGUGGGAAGAGAGGGCCCUUUGAAGAGCAGACAGCAACUGUGCCUAGUGUCGAUCCCACCAACAGCAACUCUUUGCAUCAAGAGGAUGGAGGUGUUACUGCUGCAGGCCAAAAGAGCACCAAGGAUGCAACUAGCAAAAAGAGAGAAGAACCUAAGGCUGGUCCAAAGAAGCCUAAGGAAAAAGUGGAUGCCUUGUCUCAAUUUGAUCUUAAUAAUUACGCAAGUGUUGUGAUCAUUGAUGAUCACCCUGAAGUGACAGUAGUUGAAGACUCCCAAUCUAACUUGAAUGAUGAUGGUUUCACAGAAGUGGUGUCUAAGAAGCAACAAAAACGCCUGCAAGAUGAAGAGCGUAGAAAGAAGGAAGAACAAACAGUGCAGGUGUGGACCAAGAAAGGAUCAAGUGAAAAAGGCCGAGGUCAGAAUUCCAAGCUCCCACCCAGAUUUGCCAAAAAGCAGCAACAGGCAGCAGCCGCAGCUGCACAGCAGGCACAAGCUCAGGCACAAGCUCAGGCACAGCCUCCGUGUACAACGCAGACUCCGGGUCAGCCACCAGCUUCUGUUCAGCCACCAAACCAGGCUGCAGGAGGAACAGCCAGCACAGAGUACACAGUGUCAGGCAAAGUUCUUCAAAACACUCAGGCUCACAAUGGUCUGGGAGCUGAAUUAUGGGAAAACAAGGUGCCUCCCUCAGCAGUUCUAAAUGACCUCUCCAAAAAAUUGGGACCCAUUAGCCCACCUCAGCCACCUUCCGUCAGUGCUUGGAACAAGCCUUUGACAUCUUUUGGUUCAGCUACAUCUCCAGAGGGAACAAAGCCUGGGCAAGAAGGUGGAGUUGAUCUUGGUAUAGAAACUAUUCAGUUUGGAGCCCCAGCUUCCAGUGGCAGUGACAAUGAAGUUGUCCCUGUACUUUCUGAGAAGUCCACUGAUAAGCUACCAGAGCCAAAAGAGCAAAGACAGAAACAGCCUCGGGCUGGACCCAUCAAAGCACAAAAGCUUCCAGACUUGAGUCCAGUAGAAAACAAAGAAUAUAAACCUGGUCCUAUUGGGAAAGAGCGUUCUUUAAAGAACAGGAAGGUGAAGGAUGCCCAACAGGGAGAGCCUGAGGGACAGGAGAAGCCAUCUCCCACCUCUGUCAGAAGUCCAGAGCCUGUCACUACAAAGGAAACCAAAGCAGCAAGUGAACUAAGCACGGAAAUAGGAACGAUGAUAUCUGUGUCUGCUCCAGAGUUUGGAACAAACACAAAGGAGUCUGUAACAGACUACACUACACCUUCUUCUCAUCCUAACACAAUGGCUACUAGCAGUACAAAAAUGGAGGAGACUUUGGUGACGAACGUGCCCCUGCCCCACACCCUUCCCCUCCCUAGGAGGGAGACUCUACAACAGAGCUCCAGCCUAACUCCAGUUUCUCCCGCUACCGUCGACCUCACCCUCAAGAUGGAGUCUGCACGCAAAGCAUGGGAGAAUUCCCCAAACAUGGGGGAUAAGAGUUCGCCAGUGACCUCAGCAGCAUCUCCCAUUGCUGGUGGCAGUGGCAGUAGCAGCAACAGCAGCAGCAACACAGGGCCAAGCAGUGGUACUUACAGCUCUUUCUCUAGUGCAUCAAUGCCUCCUAUACCUGUGGCCUCAGUCACACCAACAACUUCACUUUCAGGAGCUGGAACGUAUACAACCUCUUCACUGAGUACAAAGACUGCAAGCACCUCAGACCCUCCUAAUAUAUGUAAAGUGAAACCACAGCAGUUGCAGACAAGCAGCCUAGCUUCUGCCAGUCACUUUUCCCAGCUGAGCUGCAUGCCAUCCCUCAUUGCCCAGCAACAGCAAAGUUCCCAGGUCUAUGUGUCUCAGUCCGCAGCAGGUACUGCAGCUCAAAUCCCAGCAUUUUAUAUGGAUACAAGUCAUCUAUUCAAUACUCAACAUGCACGUUUGGCACCACCUUCUCUGGCUCAACAGCAAGGCUUUCAACCAGGGCUUUCUCAGCCUGCUUCAGUUCAGCAGAUCCCCAUCCCCAUCUAUGCACCCCUACAAGGACAGCAUCAAGCUCAGCUGAGUUUAGGAGCAGCACCAGCUGUAUCACAAGCCCAAGAGUUGUUCAACUCAUCCUUACAACCGUAUAGAUCCCAGCAAGCUUUUAUGCAAAGUGGUUUGUCUCAGCCAUCGCCAGUAGUUCUGUCUGGUACAGCCUUACACAACUUCCCGGCAGUACAACACCAGGAACUUGCUAAGGCACAGUCAAGCCUGGCAUUUCAACAGACUUCUAAUACACAACCUAUUCCUAUCUUAUAUGAACAUCAACUUAGUCAAGCUUCAGGACUGGGAGGCUCUCAGCUGAUUGAUACGCAUAUUCUCCAGGCCAGAGCUACACUCACUCAAGCUUCAAAUCUGUACUCUGGGCAAGUUCAACAGCCUGGCCAGAGCAAUUUCUACAACACUGCACAGUCUCCCAGUGCUCUCCAGCAGGUAAACUGUGGCAUGGUGACGGUACCUUUACCAGGAUCACAAAUUUCUUUGCCCAACUUUGGAUCCACAGCACAGCCACUUAUUGCCCUACCCCAAUCUUUACAACCACCACUACAGCACACACCACCACAAGCGCAGGCUCAGAAUCUAAGCAGACCUGCACAAGUAACUCAGCCUUUCAGAGGGUUGAUCCCAGCAGGAACUCAGCACAGCAUGAUCGCUGCAACUGGAAAGAUAUCAGAAAUGGACCUGAAGGCCUUUGGAGGUGGCAUCGAUGUUAAACCUGGAACACCACCAGUUACUGGUAGAAGUACUACUCCAACUUCCAGUCCCUUCCGGGCCAGUUCUACAAGUCCUAACAAUCAGUCCAAUAAAAUGAACAGCAUUGUCUACCAGAAGCAGUUUCAGUCAGCAGCUGCUGCUGUGAGAAUGACACAGCCGUUCCCUGCACAGUUUGCACCACAGAUUCUCUCUCAGCCUAACCUGCUCCCUCCAUUGGUAAGAGCCCCAUAUACUAACACCUUCCCAGCGCCUGUUCAGAGGCUGCCAGUAGUACUGCAUAGUCAGAUGCCGUCUCAGAUGACCACAGGCCUUAUGAGCCACCCUCGUUUACCGCGUGUGGCCAGAGGUCUUUGUGGAUCAGUAUCUGGAGCCAGAGGCAAUCAGGCCCAGGCUGCGAUGAAGGCUGAACGAGACAUGAAGGCAAAGCAGAGAGCAGAGGUACUUCAGUCCACCCAGAGAUUCUUUUCUGAGCAGCAGCAGCAGCAACAGAGCAAACCCAUAGGAGGCAAAGCGCAGAAAGUGGACGAGAAUGGGAGCAAACCCACCGAGGCAAUUGCUGACUCUUCAGGGGUCUGCCAGGACAAAACUGAGGAAAAGCCCAACCCUCCGCCUGCUACAGCAACAAAACCUGUUAGAACUGGACCAAUCAAACCUCAGGCAAUCAAAACCGAAGAAACAAAAUCUUAGAGGCUGUGUUUCCAUGGAGGUGGGGGGAGAGGGGAGGGUGGGUGAGAUGACAGCAGCAUGAAUUUCUAGCCCAAAGGAAGAGACAAUAGUGUUCUCUCCCCGUAGGGCUCUGAACAGUGUAAAGUGGCAUAGAAGCCUUCAGCAGUUACAGAUGCAAACUGCUGUGUAUCCAGCUGAGCUUCUAGGUUCCUUGGGCUUGUGUCUGCUCUAACAGCAUGGAGGCUGCUUUUGGCGUGUGCACGUUCUACACGUGUGCGCAUGUACUGGCUUACACACCUGUAUGUUUCCCAAAGUGAAAAAAAUGGAGCAGCAGGGGAGGUGGCCAGGGAGGCCUGUUCUGAGCUGACAAAUGAAUACUUGUAUUUUCUUCCGGCUCUGAUCUUCAGCUGCUAUUUAUCUUUUUAUAAACCCAUGAAUAUGAGAACAUGCAGAUUUGAAGAUGGUGCUAGGCCAAGUAAUACAUGUUAAGUUUUUAGUGACUUAAGCUUCUAUCUUGUAAUAAAGAGAGGGAUUCAUACAGCUGGCAAAAUUGCCUUUGCUGUGUGACCUAACAUAACACAGAGUAAUGCUGAUGAUGUUGAACUUCCCUCUGAAGGCAGUGCUUUGCUGGCUGCUGCUUCUUGGAUGAAAAUAUAUUGCAUUUAGAUCACCGUAUGAAAACGCUACUUGGCCACUUGUUCUCUACACCCACUGCCCCCUCGGUUGUUCACCUCUGGAAUUGAAAGGUUCAUUGCAUCAAUAGUCAGAUUUGUUCUGUUCACCUCUGUCCAGCUAUCUUUAUAUGAUGCGAGUGAUUUCUAAACGGUUUCCAGUUUAUGUCUGUAUACAGCAGCGAGCACUUCGAACUGUGCCACGAGAAUAAAAGAAACCUUAUUGGCUUAAAGAGAGUUUAAUCUACAAGGUGCAUUCUUUAUAUCAGAGCUACGUCGCACCACCUCCUUGCCCACAGUGUGCUGGAAAGUAGAAUCAAGUCAAAUAAAUGCCUUUUUAAUUGUAUCCUCUAGUAUUAUAGCUGUAGGACAGUACUGUAUGAUACUUCUGUGAAUGUAAGAUACCCUGUACCUGCUUAUGAUAUGUAGUAGUGACUGUGCUAUACUGGAGCUGUUUUUAAUAAUGUUAUUCUAGAGGUUUUUUUCCAGACAAUGAUUGAAAAAGCUAAUAAAAAGCACCAGGUACCACAUCAGUAGCAGAAUUUGCUGGUUUUUUUCUGGGAUUUUUUUGUUUUCCUUGGUUUUUGGUUGGUUUUUUGUUUUUUGGUUUUUUUUACAUGUUUUGGAAGGAAGAGGUGAGAGUCUAAUGUGUAUAAUUUUGUUCAAAUGACUGCAGAAGCUGGAAAGGCUGUUGCUGCUAUCGAUGCCUAGUGAAUCGCUAUUGGUUAUCUUUUUAUAUAAAUAUAUAUAUAAUUUGAAUUUUUGGAAACUUUAGCUGUGAUGUCAACUUUGGAAAAAAGUAUCCCACUUGUAGUGUGAGUUGGCAUUGUACAGAAAUUAACAGCCAUAUUGGUCUAGAAAUGUUAAACUUAAUUUUUUUUUCCAUUUGUACAGGGGUAACGCACUGUAUGAAAUAUGUACGGUCUUAUUUACAUGGGUUUGAUUACAGAAACUAAUAAAGUAUUCUCUAAAUAAA